GAAUUUGGUAAAGACUUUAAUUAGGUUAAUGUGGAAGGUGUGUGUGCAUCGUUUUAUGUGAGUUUGUUUUAGUGUAUGACUUAAGGUAUGAUUUGUUUUAUUUGUGUCUCACUGCUGUAAUCCUUUCUAUAUUUGAUUAGAAUCAAGAUCGGACCAAUUUAAUCCUGAUCAUAUUGGAUUGUACCCUGGGUUCAUCUCUAUAUUAUACGACCCUCCAUGUAGGCUAGUAGGCCUAAAGUGGUAUCUCAGUCAAGGUGUUACUGAAGUUGAUUAGUUAUUAUUAUAAAGGACUUUGGGCUGCUAUAUGUUCAUCAACCCUCUCUCAUUUCAUUCUAAUUCAGCACAUUAUAUUACAUUUUAUUGAAUUACACAUCCUUUCAGAGCCAAUUCACCCUUGGUUCCCCUUAUCACUGCGAUGAUAGUGCUAUGGGGAAGUGUGCUUGUAUGUGUUUGCACAUGUGUGUUUGUGCACUAUGCACUCGGUCAGUGUUUUAUGUCCCUCUAGUUGUUUUGAGAGAGAGAGAGAAGGGGGAUGGAGGGAAGGAGAGUGGGAAGGAAGGAGUCUUCCCCUCGUUUCUCCGCUGAGCUGAGUCACUUAGCUCUGAGCUGCAGUGCCUGCCUGCCUGGGAGGAUUGCGUGUUUCUGCCAAACUUUCCCUACUACUCCUUUGGGAGGUUUGAGCUGCCUUGUCUGUCCUGUAAGGAUUUCCUACUGCUCUGUAGAAGAGGCUUUGGCUCUAAGCAGCAGCCCCCGCAGUGCAAGAGUCAGUCGGACAGGUCUGUGUAGGAAGAGUCCCAGUGAGAAGAGCAGAGGGGGUGUCAAUGGAAGAGGUUCGGACAGCAGGCCCUCACUGCAGCCCAAACCACAAGUGCCUCCGAAGCCAGCCCACCUCCAGAGCCCGGUGACGAAGUCCGCUGCCCCCCCGCUGGGGUGUGUGGAGAGAGCACUCCUCAGAGCCACCAUGGAGGAGGGUAGAGGGGCGAUGAUGGUGAAGAGCCGGGAGAAACCCUCCAAAGUCUUGGACCUCAUCAACCACUUCGAGGAGAACAGCCAGUCAGAAACCACGAAGGAGGGCUCACCACUCAACCAGCUCAGCAAGUCACCCCUCUGCAGUCCGGCUCACCGGGGCUACCAGAGCCAGUCAGAAUCCAAGCAGCAGGACAAUAACUCGGUGGAUUCAGGCUCCGUCCCGGGAACGCCACGGGAUGCCCACGAACAGGCGGCUAACGGGGUGCUAGCCCAAAUGGACAGAGCCAGGGACAGGGAGAGUCAGUCCCCCCUGAGAAAAGACACUGCCCUGGUGAAUGGGGACAUGGGAGAAGGGAGCACAGAGCAGAGUGGACAUCACUCCCCUCCUCCACACACAAAGACCCAUACUGGGGAGGACAGUGGACCUACAGGAGAAGACCCCCAACAUGAACAAAGGAAGGAGGAGGACAUUGAGGAGCAGAACGUACCGGAGACCAAUGAACAGAAGCUGUACAAGAUCGCUAAUGAGCUCCUGAAGACAGAGAGGGCCUACGUCACACGGCUCAAGCUGCUGGACCAGGUGUUCUGUGCCAAGCUGAUGGAAGAAGCUCUGAAGGGCACGUUCCCCGUGGACGUGGUGAAGAACAUCUUCUCCAACAUCUCCUCCAUCAACACCUUUCACAACCAGUUCCUCCUGCCUGACCUGGAGAAACGCAUGGGAGAAUGGGAGUCUACCCCUCGCUUGGGGGACAUCCUGCAGAAUCUCACGCCCUUCCUGAAGAUGUAUGCUGAGUAUGUGAAGAACUUUGACAAGGCCAUGGAGCUGCUGAAACAGUGGACAGACCGCUCGCCACAGUUCAAAGCCAUCAUCCAGGACAUACAGAGUCAGGAGGCAUGUGGCAGUCUGACGCUCCAACACCACAUGUUGGAGCCUGUACAGAGAGUUCCCCGCUACGAGAUGCUGCUCAAAGACUACCUGAAGAAACUGCCUCAGGACGACCCCGACCGCCGAGAUGCAGAGAAGUCAUUGGACAUCAUUGCCAUGGCAGCCACACACUCCAACAGUGCCAUUCGAAAAUCUGAGAAUCUGAAGAAGCUGCUGGAGAUCUAUGAGAUGCUGGGGGAGGAGGAGGACAUCGUCAACGCCGCCAAUGAGUUCAUCAAGGAGGGACACAUCCUGAAGCUGGCUGCCAGGAACACCUCAGCUAUGGAGAGAUACCUCUUCCUGUUCAACAACAUGCUGUUGUACUGCGUGCCCAAAUUCAGCCUGGGAGGGCCCAAGUACACAGUGCGCACCCGCAUCGGCAUCGAGGGCAUGAAGGUGCUGGAGACCAUCAACGAGGACUACCCUCACACCUUCCAGGUGUCUGGCAAGGAGAGGACUCUGGAGCUGCAAGCCAGCUCUGAACAAGACAAGGACAAUUGGAUAAAGGCUUUCCAGGAAACCAUUGAGAUCUUCCAUCAGAAGAACGAGACGUUCAAGUCAGCCUCCAAAGACGUGGAGGAAGUGUCAACGGCAGAGCUGGGGAAACGUGCCCCUCGCUGGAUUCGGGACAACGAGGUGACAAUGUGUAUGAAGUGUAAAGAGCCCUUCAAUGCGUUGACACGACGGAGACACCACUGUCGAGCCUGCGGAUAUGUUGUGUGUUGGAAGUGCUCAGACAAUAAAGUGGCCCUGGAGUACGACAGCAACAAGAUCAACAAGGUGUGUAAGGACUGCUACUCCAUCCUGACUGGAGAGGAGAAGGCAGAGGGCAAGAAGAAGGGCAUUCUGGAGAUUGAGGCGGCCCAGUUCUCCGGCAGCAGCAUCAUGUGUGGUUUCCUGCAGCACUGUGAGAAGAACAAGCCCUGGGGGAAGGUGUGGUGUGUCAUCCCAGAGAAGGAGGCAUUGGUGCUCUACCUCUAUGGAGCUCCACAGGAUGUGAAGGCCCAGUCUACUAUCCCUCUGCUGGGCUACUCUGUGGAGGACAGCCCCCGGCCUGCCGACCCUCCAGCCAGCUUCCGUCUGUCCCAGUCAAAGUCUGUCCACAGCUUCGUGGCCGAGGGCGAAGAGCUGAAACAGCGCUGGCUCAAGGUGAUCCGGGUGGCUGUGACUGGGGAGGUGCCCGAGUCCCAGACGCCCAACGAUGCCAACGCCACGGACGCCCAAGAGACAAGCUCAGACAGUACCUAAUUGUGUGGUGUGGCAUUUAACAGCUGAGGGCCGCCAGAGACGUAUGUGCAUUUAUGCACACACACACACUCCAAUGCUACCUUCAUGGACACACACAAGAACAAUGUGCAAACUCAGUGCUGGAUAAGCUGCCUUUCCUUGCCAAUCCCCACCUCUCCUCCCAAGAGUGGAUUCUACCAAUCUUAAGCAAGGGUUUGGCUUGGCUCUACCACUAGAGCUGUGCUGGAAUGGGAAGAACACAAUCCAGUCCAAUCAUCACUUGAGCGGAGCAGGAGGGAGAAGACCUCAGGACGGUCUCUACCUCCCCCAGAAAGACAGGCACUGUUCAGGGCAACCUGCCUGGGGUAUCUUGCACCCUGAGGACCCCAAGGUCCUUAGCCCAAAGAUAGUAAAUAAGAUAGUUUACUCAGGCCGUUUAAAGUUUUCUGUCUGUGUAAGUGGGCAUUUCCUCUCUCGCAUGAGCAUGCUUUUCCCUGCGUGAGCUCACGGUUCCUCCAUAAUAUCUGGCAUGCUCACGCGAGAGAUGGAACAGCUGGCUCUGGUCUACUUAUUGUCCCCUCCCGCUCGCCCCAUCCCGACCAGAAUAAAUGAGCCAGUGAGAUGUCUCGCCCUGGGGCACCCCCUCCACGAAGCAGGGACAAUAAGUAGACCAGAGUGGCCCCACCCCGAUCACAAAAAAUGAGGGAGUGGUGUCUUGCUUUCGCUACUGUCUCUGCUCAGCCCUCACUGGGGAUGCCUGCAGGCCCAACAGACCUCCUCCAGCUUCAUAGACGUGGGUCUGCUGAUGUGAAUCAAGAGGGACUGAUUAGAACUACACUGUCUACUAUGAAUUAGCCCUGUGCACCUGUAUAUAGUGUUACUCCAUUUUCCAUGACAGGAAAAAUGUCAUUUUUAUGUACAGAGAACCAAUGCUCUCCAUAUGUUUUGAUAUCAGAGAUGUUGACCCUGUAAAAUGCGUACUUCAAAGUUUGAGCAGUGUUUAUGAUUGAAAAACCUAACAUACAGGGUCCUUUCCUAGGAUAGUAUCAUUGGGAAAGUUAUCAGUCCUCACUUUUCCAAUGAUGUAGUUACACAUCACAGUAGCCAAGAGCCAUGUUCUACUGGCAAGAAUAUAAUCCAUCUAACAGAGUUCCUCUAGUACCUGGGUCAAAGUCCCAGAAAGACUUAAGCUAUUAGUCAGAAUAGCAAUCGAGAGGAUCACUCUAUACUUUUCAAUUGUCGUAACCCCAUAAACUAACGGAAAUUAUGCAGAAGUACUCACACAUCCAGAAAGAACAGGCUUCAAUCCAAACAUGCUGAGGGAUAGCCUUUCCAGCCAGGCAAUGCAUUAUGGAUACUCUGCUGCACUUGUCCCAAGCUGGAUCAACCUUCGUCACCUUGGAAUCUAGGAGAAUCCACAACCUCCUCCAAGUCAGUGACCUCUAAAGCAACCACAUCCUGAUCAGAGUAAUGUGUAGAAAAGUGUCAAACUUUACUACUGCUGUGAUUGACAAUGUAUGUCUGUGACUAGAGCCGUUCUACUCUAAUCCUGUAGGCCUAUAGUAUGAAUGAAGACACACACACACACUGCCAUAGGGCAGCAUUGAGGAUGAUGAGAAUGAAUGGUUGUACAGCUUUAAUUACCUAGCCCCACAGCCCCCUUGUAGACAUGUAUAGAUUGAUCUUAUCUGAAUAUAUGAUAUACAUACAGUGCAUUUAUAUACAGUGGGGUUUUCUUUGUAGCUGACCAAUAGGGAUGAUGUAGACUACUAAGGACCCAGAUCCUGUGUCUUACAUGGGGACAUCAUCCCACAAAGCGGCACAAUCAGAGGUAAACACGAUGACCAGUUGGGGAAAGAAAUGUAAAUGGUUAUUUUUUUAAUACUGUAAUUAAUUGUAUUAUUUAAAAAGUAAUUCAUAGAAUAUGCGCAUGAUGAUUUAAGAAAAGUAGCACAAAAAAAGUUAUCCCUCAAAUUGCCAUGUGUUCUGUCUCAUUCAGCCGAGCUAUGUCAACUAACAGAUUCACUAAGGUAUUGUCCCUCAAUGAAUACCGUAGUUGUCCCUCAUUCUCAAGUUGAGUGACUAAUCUAUCCUAUGACUGCAGAAUUCAUUGUGUUGAAUUGAAUAGGGUAAUGUGCCUAUAACCUGUGUUCAUACAUGUUCUACUGUUCCUCUCCCCUAUUCAAUGCACCUCUCCAAUAUACAUUCUCUCAGUACUCAUACAUACAAUGCAGAAGAGCACAACAAUCCUGUCUUAAGAUCUGAAUGUAAAAUCUGAUUUUGUACGUAUGUUCACUCUCCCAAUCCCACUCCUCCCUUCCCAAGGUUUGAGAAUCUACGCACUUUACCAUCUUAUAUAAAGUGUAGCUUGUAAGAAAUAAAGCAAGAUUAAAUAUUA